UGUUAUCCCCAGCCUGUGUAGCUGUCCUAUAGAGUUCUUGUGUCUUCCUGAGAUUUCUGUAAGUUUUUGCUGCCACGACAGCCUUUCUUUUGUUAUGAAAUAAAUCUUUUUGUUACCUUUUUGAAUUUUUGCCUGCGCCCUGGGUCUGCCUGCACACAUCCUCACUACUAGUUUGUGUAUUUAAGUCUUUUAUUUCAGUGCCUAUUGACACAAUAUGAUGAGAUAAACUAAACCAGACUGGGUCUUUUUCACAGUGCAAAUCCUGCUCAAAAAGGCUGAAGUCAAAGGAAGUCUGACCUUCCUAUUCAUGAUUCUAAAGUCAUUUCACUUUACUAGGAACACACAGGCAUGCAAAGCACAAUACAAAUGAGUCCAGUGUAGUCCUCUGGGUAUCGGUUCAAUUAAACCACAGCAGAUGAUCAUGUGGCGAUGGGCGGGAACACCCCUGCUGGUAAAAGUCUAUGAAAGCCUUCUCUUUUAAUAAAACCUGUUGCCUGCAGGCAAACAGUAAUGAGUCCAUUUAGCUCGUGUGCUGAAGGUGAAAGAACAGAGAUAACAGACUUGAUGUCAAAGGAAGCAAUCAGAGCAUUUGGGGGUGCGACAAAAACAAAACUGCUCAUUUUUCUGGCCUAAUAAGUUAAGCGCUCGCCCUUGACUGAGCAGAGCUGGGAGACAAAUUGAAUGUGACUGCAAGGCAAAGAGCAGACAGGAGCCACUAGAUGGUGCUGUUCGGUUGUUGCUACUGCUCAGUGGAAGUUUUAAAGGGACCUUGUGACCUCAGUGCUCAACUUCACAUUAAUAUUUGACUGCAGCAGGUUGUUGUUUUGCAUCAGCUGCCGAGCAGAGCACAAACUGUUCAGAGGAUCUCCGUGGAAGAUGCAGUGCAGCUCACAGAACUCAACCAGUGAUUCACCACUCACUGAAUUCAAUCCAAGCAGCAUUUUUUUGUGUCUGAUUCGCCGUGCUCCUGCGUUACAAGCCUGCACACAAGAAAUAAAACAUGCCUCGUUCGUAAAUGCGAUGACUAAAAUUUUCCUUUUUUGUUUGUUUGUGGUUUUUGUUGUCUUUACGUGCCCACAUUUCAAGCAACAUGCUUUGAUUCUUCUCCAGCUGUGGGGAAUGGGUAAACAAUCAGAAUGCCACCUUGUGGGAUGUUUCCUACAAAAGCAGCAGAGAAUGAGCCCUUUUUUUUCCUCCUCAUCGCGAGGAGCCCGAAACAAAUGAGAUGGAAAUGAGUUUGGAAAAUACAGCCAUAGGAAAAGGCAAGCAUCUGUUGCUGACACACAGAUAAAUUAGGCUUUUUCUUAAUGCGUAAAGCAUAAAUGUUAUAAAAUUAAAGCCCAACUGAGUUAAAACCUCCUUCAUUUUGCUCUGUUAACUGCAAACGUCUGCUGAUGGGAAGGAAAUUUCACUGAACUUGCUGCGACUUGUUUGUAAUAUUACAUCCAGACUAUUUUGCAUGUUCAUGCUCCCUUUUUAUUAAACACAAGCCUGCAGCAAUCCUGUUUUUAUACCUACACAGUGAGUGUUAUCGAGCAAAAGUGCUGUUUUUUUUUGCUGCCAGACAAAGAUACAGACGGUUUGAGGACAAAAAUCUGAUGUGUAAAAAUGUGAGAUGUUUUUGUAAUAAAUAAGGAGAGCAGAAGAGGACGAGGAAAAACAGUAGACAGACAGGUGAUGGAGUACGAUUCUCGAAAAGCUCAUGUGAGUCUGCUGCCAUGUUGCCAAAGAGGGGCUCUAUUUUUAGGGGAGGAAUGUACACAGGCCUCGUGGAAGGAGACCAUAACAACAAACAGUGUGCAAACAAACUCCCCCUACAAAGAGAGGAGCGCGUACGGUCACACAGCAUCAACACAAGAAGAAAAGGGAAGAGAGUUCAGCAAAAUGGCAACGCAAUACGUUUCCUGCUGAGAACCUGCUUUGAAGCUUGUUGGAUCCAACAAAAACAUCAGUAAGGAGGAAGAUAAAAAUAGGAUGGAUCCCUUGGCAGCGGAGGUCCACCUCUACAAAGAUGAGGAGCAUUCCUCCUCCUUGCUUCUGCAGCUCAACAGACUGAGGCAGGAGAGCAUCCUGACGGACGUGGUGCUGUGUUCGGGGACCACACAGAUCCCCUGCCAUCGUAGCGUCCUGGUGUGCAGCAGCCCUUACUUCAGAGCCAUGUUCUGCAACAACUUUGUGGAGAGCCAGCAGACCAAGAUCGACCUGAAGAGCGUCCCGUCAAGUAUCCUGAGCAGCAUCAUCAACUACGUUUACACUGGACUCAUUAGCAUCAGCAUGGACAUCGUGCUCUCUCUGAUGCAGGCGGCGUCCCUGUUGCAGUACGAAAACCUUUUCGAGGCCUGCUCGAGUUUCCUUCAGGGGCAACUCAGACCCAACAACUGCUUAAGCAUGAUAAGACUUUCUGACAUAAUGAAUUGUAACAGUUUAAGAGACAAAGCUAAAGAGAUGGCCAUGAGGAGCUUCUCCGAUGUGUCGGUCUCUGAGGAUCUGUGUGAGCUUUCCUUACAGGAGCUGAUGGGAUACCUGGAUGAUGAUAGCCUUUGCGCAGAGGAGGAGCAGGUCUUUGAGACACUCGUUGCUUGGAUUCAUCACGACCCCAUAUCCAGAUGUGGGGCGAUCAGCGACCUUUUCAAGAAAGUUCGCCUGCGCUACAUCCACCCCACCUACCUCUUCCAGUUCAUCGCAAAUGACCCUUUGAUCCAGUCAUCCACCCUCUGUACUGAGCUCAUCGAAUCUGUGAGACGCCUGAUGUUUUCUGUCGGCAUUAAGAGCGACAAAGACUUUUCAAUGGAUUCUCUUUGGGCUGCCCCGCGGCGCUGCACCUACGAUGACAUGCUGUUGGUAGUCGGAGGGAGGAAGAACAACGAACUGACCUCGAGGGAAGCGCUAGCCUUCAAUGAGAAGAGCCAGAAGUGGCUUCAACUCGCCAAGCUGCCUGUUAGCCUUUACAAAGCGUCCUACGUCGCCCUUCACAGUGUAUUGUACGUUCUUGGAGGCUGGAUGAUAAAUACAAAGGAUAACCAAGUCAGCAGGACCGUCUACACCUUGUCCCUCAAAACCAACCAGUGGCGGACAGCAGAGCCCAUGCUUCAGCCUCACUUUGCCCACCACAGUGUCUCCUACCUGCAUUUCAUUUUCGUCCUGGGUGGCCUUGGACCUGACAGACGGCUAACAGACAGUGUGGAAAGGUACAACAGUAUGUUCAACCAGUGGGAGUGGAUGACCCCGAUGCCUGAGGCUGUGCUCCACCCUGCAGUCACCGCUGUCAACCACAGAAUCUAUGUGUUCGGAGGAGAGGACGCCAUGCAAAACCCUGUCAGACUCAUACAGGUUUACCACAUCGGCAGGAACAUGUGGUCUAAGAUGGAGAACAGAACAGUGAAGAAUGUUUCGGCUCCUGCUGUUGCUUUGGAGGAUAAAAUCUACAUCGUCGGAGGCUACACCCGCAGAAUGAUGGCGUACGACACCAAGGCCAACAAGUUCAUCAGGUGUGCCAGCCUGAAGGAGAGGAGGAUGCACCAUUCUGCCACCGUCCUCGGUGACAACGUGUACGUCACAGGCGGGCGCUACGUCAGCGGACACGACCUCAUUGAGGACGUGGACACCUUCGAGUGCUACGACCCAAAGACAGACACCUGGACGAGUAAAGGCAGUCUGCCUUAUAAACUGUUUGACCACGGCUUCCUGACUCUGACCAGUGUGUCGCAAAACUGGGCAAAAUCAUAACACAGGGAAAAGAUAUUGGAAAAAAAAGUCCUUUAUAAUGUAUUUUUUGGUGUGUGUAUUAAAGGUUUUAUUAGUUAAAAACAAACAACUUGAUGGCAAUUUGACCAACAUUUAACACAGUGAUUUAAAUGUUUACUUUUUUCAAGCUUUGAUUCAACACCUGAACAUUAAAAACAAAAGCUGCUCUUCAGCACAGCCUGUUCGUAAAAUGUGUAACGUCCCAAAGUGCUGAUUUCAGCCUGCUUUGAAUCGAGAGCUUUUUAUUUGUCAUGUUUGCAUCCUUGAGGCUGUUUGGUUGCGAGUUGACGCUAUGCUCUGCUCUCAGCUCUGAGGUUACAGACACUGUAUAUACAAACACUGGAAAACUGUGAUGAAACUGUUAUGCGAUUGCUAAUAUUUUUAAAAUAUUACUAGUACGCAAAAAUCUUCAAUCUUCAUGUCUUUAUAUUUUCUGUCCAAUAAUCAGAUUUUCUUCAAAUUCUGUAAAAUGGUCUUGAUCAAGAGUUUGCCAAGUUGUCUGUAGAUUUUUACAUUUAUUUAUUUAUUUUUUGGACUUUGGCUGCUUUUCCCCUCAUUGUCUCAUUUGGUUCUUGUACCUGACCACGACAGCGUAUUGUGCUGAUAAAACAUGUGUAAAGUGAACAAGCGGAGGACAAAAGAAGUGUCAGGAGACACUGCCUAGGCCACAGCAGAUAUCUGAACAUUGUUUUUAAUGAGACAGGGAAUAAUCAAACAAAGACCUGAGGUUCCUUACUUAUCGUAUGUUAAAGUUUCAUCUCGUAGCACUUUAGGAAUCAUCUCGCUGCAGUGGUGGGCACGGUUCUGCUAAUCAGCUAACAGCUAAUGGCAAAGCUAACUAUUCGUCACACAGAUUUGCCUUGAAACUUUUUUAUUUCUCAGAAUAUAUACAUCGCAACCUGUAAAACUUAACAGUUUGUAUUAGCAUUGUUUGUCUUGUUUGGUUUUUUUAACUGUUCAAAAAAAAGUGUUGAAACUUGGAAUCUGUGAAAUCUCUGUAGACAGGUGAGCGUUAGCUAAUUUUUUUUACCGGUUUAAUUUAGUAUUUACAAAUUAAUUAUUUUAAUUAGCAGAUUAGUGUUAUAGCAAAACAUCCUGGUUAGCUGUGCCAACACUGUCCUGCUGGUUCUAAUAUAAAAUGUUUCAUCUCUAGGAGACUAUAUCUGAAUAAGUCAUAGGUCAGGCUGAGGUGUUUUAAACAAGUAAAACAAACAUUCCUUGUCGGAAUGAAAAAACAGCUGAAGUCAAAACAAUGUUGCUCAAGAUCAUUUUAAAGAUUACAAGAAAGUAACUCAAUAAAAUAACUAAAUAUAACUCAA